UCUAAGCUUCAUUUUAGGACCCAAUUGGUGAACGUGUAAUGUAACUUUCUUCGACGUUUCGUUCGCACAUGUGUCGUGUUCUUUAAAUUGUGCCAGUUCGUGCAUAUUUUGUAAAAAUUCAAAAAUUUUAAGCAGGUUUAAGUAAAAGCGGUUAAUACUCAUUUAAUAAAACAGUCAACGAAAAUGGACAACAAUCAGGACCUCGAGAAUCCUCUCUGGAAAGUUUUGGAAGUUAUGGGGCCAAUUCCUACAGCAAUUAAAUCUUUUCUAACAUCACUUGGUUACGAUAGUUAUGUUGCAUUAAGAAGUAUAACGGAUAGUGAACUGAGUUCGUUGCCCAAGGAGAAAGGCCUGUUGCCGGGACAUGUAGCCGUUCUGCGCGGAUAUCGCGAUCUCGUUGUUAGCACGAGCUGGGAAAAGCUUGCUUGCCGUUCACGCCAGGUUGAGACACAACUCGUGUCCCGCCCUGAUACACCGGAGAAUCCUCUGAAAAAAGUUGUUCUUGACGAGAAAAUAGAACAAGAACUUCUGGAGAAGUUCAGGGCCCGGUUGGCUCAAUGGGUCAAGGUAGAUGGGAAUGAGUCGCAUAAAUUUGUGCAAAAAAUGACUUCCAAUUGCGCAUCAUUGCCACGGAACACGAGCGAAAAGUCGGGGCAAUCUGUCCGUUUUGCAAAUCGUUGAUAAUGCUUUUCUACACCAUAACCAGCAAAACAUCCUUUAAAGUAGUGAUUGCAAACUUUAUCAAACACUAUCAUACACAACACCCAGCGUCCAAUCUAACGGGUUCAAAAACGAAGCAAACCAGCUUGCUAGACAUGAUUAAGCCCUCGAGCUCGAAGCGUAAAGCUGAUUUCGAUGAUGAACGGGGCGAACGUGCAUCUAAAGUUCUUGUUGUAGAGAUCGAGAGUACCGGUGACCAAAACGGACAAAAAAGAGAUAUGAUCGACAUGGUUGAGGAAGAGGAAUGGAUCGACGAAGAAGUUAAUUCAGCCGCCACUCUAAACCUUAAUAAUUGUAUUAUUCAUGAGGCACAUCUCCACGAAGAGAAAUCAACCAAGAAUCGGUCGAAGAGUCGUUUAUUUAAAUUAAGUAACCAGUACGACGUAAAACAAUCGAGCAUAACAGAUCACUUUACGAGGUUAGCUGCGGAAGAUAAACAGAAAAGCGUGGGAAAUAUCCCGAGUUACGAUGUACUAGCUGAGGACGACAAAAACAAAAAGCGCAACAAAUUCAUUGAGAUGCUGCUGGAAAUUUGCGAAAAACAGCAAAAGGCAUAUUACUCGAAGCAAAUGGCUGACGUGCCCGAAGGAGUUCUGAGGACAAAGGAGCUGGUGACCUAUAUCGAAGAAAACAAUUUGUCUCCCUACGUGUUUCUGUCGGAAGAUGCCACCGCUAUCACGGGAAGAAUAGAGUGCGAUAAGAAAACAAACCGUAUAUUUGGUAUCGUACACGAAGACGAUCCCAUCACCGGAAUGCCAGUAGUGCGAGGAACGGAAGUACACGGCGGACUAGACAUCAAGAAACUUCUCAGCUCCGGCAAACAGGCCACGGAUCGUAUGCAAUGGGCAAAACAAUGA